ACUCAUUAUUCGAGGCUCUCACCUUAUCUUAUCUGGUAACACAGGCGUAUUGAUUUAAACAGUAAUGGCUGCGCGAGUGUUGUCACGACUUACUCUGUUUAUUUGCAUUUGAAAUGUUUGGUUUAUAUUAGUUUGCUAUUAUUUGAAGUACUCAUAAACUUGAUAACCCAGUCUGAGAUAUAGCAACACUGACGUUCUCCUGUGGUGUGCAACGUUAUACUAAUGUUCAAGUUCGGGUUCAAGGCCAGCCUUAACUUCUACAAUGGAAGCAGGAAAUCGAAGAAGGAACGAGAUGAUAUCGGAGCGAUUUCAUCGGUCACCGGGGCCUACAGGACGAAUAGAGAUGAAUUCUUUGGACACAACUACAGUGAGACGCAAAGGAAAUCGACCCCACUGAACGCAUCCGUACCAAACUUAGACCAGCCAACACCACCGAUGCGAAAGAACAAAAGCACAAGCGACUUGGUAAAAAACAAAAACCUCCCACCGAACUUGAGGCAAGAAAACCCCGGGGUUUCACAAGACCCCCGCGGGGCUGAACAAGAUAUCCGCAGCAAAAAUCCACCAGACAGCGAGAGAAAACUAGACGCUCAGAGGAGAGUAGAAAAACAAAGACUCGAAGAACAAAAGAAGAUUGAAAAGCAGAGAAUAGAAGAACAAAAGAAAUUGGACAAACAACGAGCUGCAGAACAGAAAUCGAGAGAGAAACUAGCGCAAAAAGAACAAGCUAAACAGGAGAAGUUGCGAAAAGAGAGUGAGAAAAGAGAAGCUCAAGAGGCGAAGAAGAAUAAAACUAAGAAAAGGGUGGCGCCCCAGCCUGCUGCGAAUCCUUUGGCUCAAGCAACUGCUAGUACAUCAAACAAUCCCUUGGGACAAGGUUCAAGACAAAUGGCACAUUCAACGAACACUCUAGAUAGUUCUAUAAGUAAAAGCAGCGGUCCUCCCCCUUACACAGAUGUCCAAGAGGGGGAAAAAGACAGCACGGGUAACGUAACUUAUGCAAAGCCUAUUGAUACAGGUAGUUGGGACAUGAUAUCCCAACAUAGAGAAAAUAUUAAAAGACCUGUGAAUGUGGGUGCUGCGGCAACGAAGCAAAAAGUCAUGGAUUUGAAUUAUAAAAUGGAUGAUGGGAAUAGAGAAAAUAGUGAAGCUUGAUAUCAGUUUAUAAUGGUUGAGCGUUUGUUCCUUGGAUUGUGUAAAUAAGAUUUUUAUGAGACGUUAUUUUAUCUUAAGAAAUACAUUUAUAUUUUUGUAUGUC